GGGGGGGCCCUCAACUACAGAUGAGAUGUGUUUGGCCUUCCUCUUCUACUAUCCAGUUAUGAAUCUGAGUGUCUGUGCAAGCCUCCCAAAUCCAACUACUUUAAUGACUGAAAUGGGAGCAAAAGAUCCAGCUACUUGGCUCAGUAUGAUGUCCAGUAAGACUUGGAAUGACACGUCUAUCAAUCAAUACCAACAAACACUGAAAAGAAUCGACCAGCUCGUCAUGGUCAUGGACUCAGAUAACAACCUAUCAAACAACACCGGGCUGAUUCCUGACCUCAAAGCCAUCCCGUCUGCACCCUGCGUGAGCGGCAGAGCCACCAGGAGUCUUUCUUUGCCAUCAGGGCCGUAGCUGGGGUUUGCGGGGCCCUGGUGCAGGUUUUACCUGUGGGCCCUGUUUGAAAUCGUGUAAACGGCACAAAUAAAUGAAUAGAACAAAUAUACAAUUUAAACAAUGAUUAAGUUUGUUUUUCAGGUUUGUAGGUGUUCAGGUACAGAAAGCAAAUAAUCAAAUGUAAAAUAUCAUUGCAUAGUCUUCACUAUCAAUUAAAUAUAGAUGAAUUCUUGUUAAAACUGCAAAGUAAUUAUUUCAUAUGAACCGUUUUAAAAGCAACUUGAAAACAAGAAAGUUUGAGCAAACUAUAUGUAACUUUUUAAAUAAUAUUAACAUUAAAAUGGACUUUACACUGUA